AUGAGCUUUCCUCACCAUGACGACGAAGAGGACCAAGUCGUCGGCGAGGUGGACAUCUUUCUCUCCCAGCCGAAAGACUCCUGUGAACUGCACGUCUUGCAAUAUCCUUUGCGCAAUGCCAUGGUUGGCAUCGGUAAGGAUCGCAGAGUAACAGGAGUAAAUGUGCGUCCUAAACACGGUCGCGUAGAAGUUAAGCUGGCCGUCCUGCCAGACAACCCAGAUCCUGAUGAAAUCACCGCAACAGGGGGAUGUACGAAAUCCUUUGACAUGGCCCAGGAACUUGCUGAUGAGAAGAACAUUGGCGAAGAGCAAGUGCUACGUUCGAGGCCCAAUCGCUCUGCGCCUGACUCAAAUUAUGCUGUCGCUUCGUACAUCCCACCGGAGAGUACCGAUGAUAAUAGGGCCUGUUUUACCAUUGUACCGUUGCGCUCCGUGAUCCAAUUGCGUCCGACGUUUGACUACCUCGACGUCUAUGACGCGUCCGUGGCCAAACACAGGGCUGAAGAGAAGGCAGCUCGCGACAAGGCGCGUGGUCUUCAUAUCCAGUCGCAGAAGCAGGACGACGGCGAUGUUGCGCCGCUUCAAGUCAGCUUUCGAAGACGCGAGACAGAGCGGGCGGCCGAGCGGCGAAAGAGCUCGCAUGCUACAUUGCGCCAGCAAGAAGAGGGCGAGGCAUGGGUGCCGUUGGAGUUUGUCCCGCAUGGUCAUGUGGAAGCAAAACAUCAGCGUGAAUUUCUUUUCAAUGCUUCACUAUCGUCCAUUGCUAGCGUCGUGAAAGAAGAAGCCAUGUAUGAUGUGGAGACCACUUAUACAGAUCUAUUUUGCACCCAUACGAGACAUGUUCAACUUGGUCUUGUUGCAAAAGCGAACAAUAGCAACGAGCCUCUGUCUGCGAAAGCCUUGCGAAGACUACCGAUUGAGGCCGCUGUUGCUCAUGUUCUCAUUCACGCCCGCAUUGUAAGCUAUAGAGAGAUCUGCGAGCUUCUCGGGAAACAGGCGCAAGCUGCGGAAGUCCUUCAUGCCAUUAGACUGGGUGCAUUUUGCCUUCGUGGGUGCUGGGCUGCGAAGAAGGGCCGUAAGAAGGGGCUUGCUAAGCAAAGGGCCAUCGCCGAAAGAUAUGAUGCAUCUCGGGUGCUAGUUUUGAAUCUGUUUCGGACCAGUCGAAUAGUCUCGGAGCAAUCAGCGAUGCAGGCGCUUGGGGAAACCGUCAUGAUCAGUGAAAGUAGCAUCGAAGCGAUUUUGAAGGAAGUGGCGGAUAGGAAAAGGGGUGUUGGAUGGGAAUUUAGGCUGGAGGACGGAUGCGAGUUUGUAGCCCAGAACCCCGAGCUCUGCAAGGUGCAAGACGAUGAUUGGGAACGUCGAGUAGCAAGCGCCACGGAGGCACUCGCAAAAAAGAAGAGAAAGAAGAAGAAGCGGUAG